CUGCUGUAUGAAAUUUGAAAAUUUUGAGCUCUGCCCCAAUACAUUGGGGCGCAUUUGGAUUCGGCGUUGCAAGGAAUCAGGUCCUACUGCAAUGCCAAAUCCUUGGAAAUUAAACGGACCCUGAAUUGGAAUUGUGAAAUCUCUGAUGGGUUGUCAAUAAUUUCAGCAUAUUAUUAUUGGGUAUUUGAAAUUUGGUUGAUUAGCAUGCUAAGGUUAACAAAGUUGAAAUGUUUGUUGCUUUUUGGUAAGCAUCUUCUAUGUUGUUUGUGUAUUUAUUGACAACUGAAGGACUCGACAAGUAGAGAUUAUUGUGUAAGACUGAUUUUCUUUUUCGUUUCGGUAUUGCAAUCCAAGAUACUUUCUAGUUUUUGUUGUAUUGCAUUUUGACACCAUCCAAAUGGAGCAUAUGUAUAAUGACCUGUUUAUGUAUCAUCUCUUGCUUCUUGCUUCUGAGAUGAAAUGGUUUGUAUGUUGUCGGAAACAUUAGUUUUCAGAAUGAUAGUGGGAGGCCAACUUCUCUAUUUCAUAUGUUAGCUGGGGAUGUGAACAUGAGGUCCUGUAAAUGGAUCAGGGUUCUUUACCCCACUUUUGGUCUCUUGCAGUUGUAGAUGCAAUUAGGUAAUUUGAGAUUGAGAACACAUUUUCUUUGGUUUAUUAGAGUAUAUUGAGCUACGAACAAUCCACCAGGUGGAGACAUUGUUGAGAACCAUGUUCUUAUCGUGAACCUACAGACCUUACCGAUUGUCCUGAUGUUUCGUGGAAAAGUUGUCAUGUCAUUUAUAGGGUGGUUUGAAGAAUGCGUGAGGUUAUGGCAUAUACGGACAAGUGGAGUUGGAGUUGGAGUUGGACUCUCUGCAAUCAUGUUCCCAUAACAUCAGUAUAAUGUACAUGACAACAUUCAAUAAUUUUGAGUGAAUAAGAGAAGCCAAUGUCAUACAAACAUUAUAAUACUUACCAAUUGGUCAUAAGGAAUUUUUUGUUUGUGAAAAAUGUUGAAAAAACAAAUGAGGUGGGAUAGUCACAUUGGAGUCCUUGUACUGUCGCUAACAACUAACAGGACGGGCAAGUAUUCUGGUUGGUUUCGAUAGUUGAUAUUGAAUAGGCAAAUGUCACAUUCUUUGAGUUUGGCCACUACAGGCCUUUACAAAUUUGGAUUGAGUCCUCAAACCAGAGUUUCUACCGGGAAAUAUGGAGUCUCUACUCUGAGAUCCUCACCUGGGUUUUUUCGUGUCCGAGCUGUUCAAGAGGGUGGAGGGUCUCGAAGACUAGUUGAUAUCAUCAGAACUGUGCCAGAACUCUCGAGGAACUAUUUUAGAAGUCCAUCUCGCAGGGCUCUCUUCGGUGGAAUCUCUUUGUUGGGUGGCUUUUAUGUGGCACAAACGAUAUCUUUGUCAUUUGGAGCCUUAGGAGUCAACGAUGUUAUUGCUGCAGUAGUGUGUGUUCUCUUGACAGAGUAUGUGACAAAAUUUUAUUACAGCCGACCAAAAGUAACAUUCCCCAUCGCUCUUCUCAACAAUUUCAAAAUGGGAUUCACUUAUGGUCUGUUCAUCGAUGCGUUUAAGCUAGCCAGUUAAUGGCAUAUUGGAAACAAUUAAAGUAAUUUGUCGUCGUGAUGAAGCCCUUUUGAUUUGGCCUAUGUAAAGUUCUCUGUGUUUGAUAGUGGUAUAGAGUAAAAGAUAAAUUUCCCAGUUUA